ACUCAGAUUGACUACUCUGACUGUAGCCAUAAGCCCAGAAGCUAUGGAACAGGUCACAGUAAAUGUACCAGGAAACAAAAUUUGGAAGGGACACAGGACCUCAGUAAACAAAUAGUAAAUAAUAAAAAAGAAGCAGGCUAAUAAAUAAUUGGUAACGUCUAUGUUACCUAUAUGUUACAGAAUAAAGAGUUAAUAAAGUAAAUUUGUUUUCUUCCACUAGAUGGAAUAUUAUGCAGCUAUUAGAAGUUAUAAUUUUGAAAACUGGCUGUGUGAAAAUGCUUUGGUAGAAGAAUUUCCUUGUAUUGGAGCCACUGGGAGUGGGGAAAUGGUCUGUACAAUAUGUCAAGAAGAGUAUUCAGAAGCUCCGAAUGAAAUGGUUAUAUGUGAUAAGUGUGGUCAAGGAUAUCAUCAGCUGUGUCAUACGCCUCAUAUUGACGCAAGUGUGAUAGAUUCAGAUGAAAAGUGGCUUUGUCGACAGUGUGUGUUUGCAACAACCACGAAGAGGGGUGGUGCGCUUAAGAAAGGACCAAAUGCCAAAGCAUUGCAAGUCAUGAAGCAGACAUUGCCCUAUAGUGUGGCCGACCUUGAAUGGGAUGCAGGUCAUAAAACCAACGUCCAGCAGUGCUACUGCUACUGUGGAGGCCCUGGAGACUGGUAUUUAAAGAUGCUGCAGUGUUGCAAAUGUAAGCAGUGGUUUCAUGAGGCUUGUGUCCAAUGCCUUCAGAAGCCAAUGCUGUUUGGUGAUAGGUUUUAUACAUUUAUUUGCUCUGUCUGCAGUUCUGGACCAGAAUACCUCAAACGUCUACCAUUACAGUGGGUAGAUAUAGCACACCUAUGCCUUUACAACCUAAGUGUUAUUCACAAGAAGAAAUACUUUGAUUCUGAACUUGAGCUUAUGACAUACAUUAAUGAAAACUGGGAUAGAUUGCACCCUGGAGAGCUGGCAGACACACCCAAAUCUGAAAGAUAUGAGCAUGUUCUGGAGGCAUUAAAUGAUUACAAGACCAUGUUUAUGUCUGGGAAAGAAAUAAAGAAGAAGAAGCAUUUGUUUGGGUUGCGAAUUCGUGUUCCUCCUGUGCCACCAAAUGUGGCUUUCAAAGCAGAGAAAGAACCUGAAGGAACAUCCCAUGAAUUUAAAAUUAAAGGCAGAAAGGCAUCCAAACCUAUAUCUGACUCAAGGAAAGUAAGCAAUGGGAUAGAAAAAAAAGGAAAGAAAAAAUCUGUAGGUCGUCCUCCUGGCCCAUAUACAAGAAAAAUGAUUCAAAAAACGGCUGAGCUACCUUUGGAUAAGGAAUCAAUUUCAGAGAAUCCUACGUUGGAUUUACCUUGUUCUAUAGGGAGAACUGAGGGAAUUGCACAUUCAUCCAAUACCUCAGAUGUGGACCUCACGGGUGCUUCCAGUGCAAAAGAAACUACCUCGUCUAGCAUUUCCAGAAAUUAUGGAUUAUCUGACUCUAGAAAAAGAACUCGAACAGGAAGACCGUGGCCUGCUGCAAUACCACAUUUGCGGAGAAGAAGAGGUCGGCUUCCACGAAGAGCACUCCAGACUCAGAACUCAGAAGUUGUAAAAGAUGAUGAAGGCAAAGAAGAUUAUCAGUUUGAAGAACUCAACACAGAAAUCCUGAAUAACUUAGCAGAUCAGGAGUUACAGCUCAAUCACCUGAAAAACUCCAUCACUAGUUAUUUUGGUGCCGCAGGUAGAAUAGCAUGUGGCGAAAAAUACAGAGUUUUGGCUCGUCGGGUGACACUUGAUGGCAAGGUGCAGUAUCUUGUGGAGUGGGAAGGAGCAACUGCAUCCUGACUGUAGGACUGAACGUUAUGGUCGCUGCAUUCAUUUCUGUUGGUACAGUUCAAAAAAAGAAGAAGAAGAAGAAGAAAGAAUGUGGGUUUUGUUAUCUUUCUUAGAAAAAGAAACAGAGAAAACACAAAAAUAUUCACAAAAGGAGAUGAUACUGGCCUUAACAUGUACUUGUCAAUGUUACGGAUAUUGUCAUAAAAAGAUAUCUUUUAAAAAUCAGAGGAGACUUAAUUUUUUUAAAUCUUAAGAUUUGUAGACUGUUUCUAGGAUAGGAUAUUAAACAUGAUUCAAACCCAUGCAUGGUGUUAGAUACUUUUUAUAAUUAUUCCAUUGAGUCAAUUUUUGUGAUUAGUGGUUAUCAGAGCAAAGAGAUCAUGUAGAUAGCACAAGUAUUUGGAGAAACAUUGUGUGUUUUGUUACCAAAAUGUUGGAAAGAUUUAUUUCAAUACCCUUUAGAUUUCAUAAAGUGUAGUGUAUAUAAUGUCUACUGAAAGACUGUAAAAUAUUGAAAUUUCUUUCAAGCAAAAUGUAAAAAAUAUAUUGAGCCUGUAAAUUGCUCUGUGACUAGACUUCAUUGUCGUCUUAAUAUAUUCUUUGCAUGUACAUGUAUAUACACAUAUGUGUAUAUAUAUGUGUGUGAUUAUGUGACCUAUGCAAUACAAUUAUGGGAAUGGGCAGCUUUGGAGUAUACAUCCCAUAAUUCUUAUUUCAGGAAUAGUUGCAGUAUUUACACAGCAGCAUUUCUUCUCAGGCGUUUAUUGGGUGCUGUUGCUUGCUAUGUAUGAAGAGAAAUGUGUCAAACAAAUGUAGUGUGUACUGAAGAAGGGUGUGAACAACAGUGUUCAUGGGCUUUUAGAGUGCUUUUCAGUCAUUGUAACUGAGCUGUUGAAUACCUAAAACAAAUUCGAGUGAUAUCUACAUCAUCUCCCAUUAGAAGUGACGUUUUCAAGUUAUUGUGGCACAUUAUGAUUGUAAAUGUCUCACUUUUAACAGUAAGUCUGUAGGAGCCCGGUGAAGACUCCUGAAAUGUCUGUAGUAAUUAAUUGUUAGUCAUGUUUGAGUAAGCGUAGUAUGAACAAAGUCUUUUAUUGCACAGGGUUAACAAACAGUAUGUUGCUAGCUGAGGCUAACUGCUGUUUUAUUACAACAUUACCUCUUGUUUUUAUAAAAUGUACCAAGAUUUUAAAUUGAUAUCUUUAUUUUACAUGUUAAAAAAAAGUUUCUUUUAUCACCAGUGUUAGAGUUGUCUUCUGUUUUUUGUUUUGUUUUUGUUUUUAUCUUGUUGUUUUCUUUCUUAGCCAAAGAGUAAACAGAAGAAUAUUAUUUUGGUAGCUCCUCAUUUCACUUUUAUAAUGAUUGGUGGAUUUUAGACUAAAAAUUGGGGAAAUUUCUGCCAAAAUGAAGAAAUCUGUGACGUAUGUUAAUGACAGAAUACUAAAAUUGUGGUUAGUGCUUAUUUAUUCCAUUAAUUGAUUAUUUGACUAUUUUUUAAAGACACAUGCUUUAUUUCUUUAAGCAUCUUCAAAAGAUGAUUUUUCUUGUCACAUUGUAGCCAAAAGAAGCAGAGAACUUCUUGUCCUGCUUUUGGUUCCUGGAUGACCAGGUAUAAUGAGCUUUAGAAAGUGCAAAUUACAAACUGUCACUUCUGUUCACCUCCACCAAAACUUGAUUUCCCCUAGCUAUUAAUUUAAAGUUGCCUUUCUUGCAGCUGCAAUAUUUUGAAUAACACAGAGAUUGUGUUAAUUUUUGAAUGUUUGUUUAUAUCUAGGGGUAAUGGAAAAUGUAAUUCCCGUGUAACCUGAUUCACUCCAGCUGUAUCAUAUUUCAUUUUUCCCAAAGUCCUUUAAUUUUAACUGAACACCAGCAGUAUUUUUAGUAAUUCUUUAAGAUACAUGGAAGACAACUUAUCAAGCUGAACUGUCUCUAGACGUAAUUAUUGUGAAUGUCUGUUUUCUUUUAUCAUGGUGGUUCACAUGGCUCUGAUGUUCAGUUUGUAUUUUUGAAAUUGCUUUACUUAGAAUUAAAACAGACCAACAUUAAAUGUGUGUAUUUUUAAAAGA